GCCCUCUACGCUUCACAUUACUUCUGUGUGCUCGUGUCACUAUGGCUCAACAACGCAAAGUAUGGGAGGCAGACAUGGACGAAGACCUCCAGGAUGUGGAUCUCAGCCUCGCCAUCGGCCCUUACGCCCAGAGCGGCAACUACGAUGACGCACAGUCGACGAUCGACGAGGCCGCCUUGCUUGUGAUGCAGCAGCAGAUGGUUCAGCAAGCCGCCUUUGCCCAGAUCCCUGACGUCGUAAAACGCUUUAUCGCCCACUUCCACCAAGCUGUCCUCGAGAACAACCUCGCCGAAAUCACCGUCGCCUACGAGAGCGGCUGGAAUCGGUUGACCGAGAAGUACUACGCCAAGACCGAAUGGCCGGAGGCAGAAGUCAUCGCACCGCUGGUCAACGAUGACCAAAUAUUCCUGAUCCUCUACCGCGAACUCUACUACCGUCAUGUCUACUCAAGACUUAGCCCGGACAUCGACGAUCGCUUCCACUCGUACGAGAAUAGCUGCGAACUGUUCAACUACUUGCUGAACUCCGACGGGCCUGUCGCACUGGAGCUACCCGAACAGUGGCUGUGGGACAUCAUCGACGAGUUCAUCUACCAGUUCCAGUCAUUCUGCGUAUGGCGCUCCAAGGUCAAGUCGAAGACCGAGGAGGAACUGUCUCUGCUUUCGGAAGGAAGCCAGGUCUGGAGUUCGUACAGUGUUCUGAACGUGCUCUACUCCCUGAUCCAAAAAUCCAAAAUCAACGAGCACCUUGUCGCUCUUCAGGAAGGCAAGAGCGCAGAAGAGAUCGCGGAGAUCGUAGGAGAGUACGGCACGCGCCCGCUAUACAAACUCCUCGGCUACUUUAGCGUUAUCGGUCUGCUCCGAGUACACAGCUUAUUGGGCGACUUCACGCUUGCGUUGAAGGUGAUGGAGAGUGUAGAGCUCAAUCAGAAGGCUCCCUUCACUCGAGUGACGGCUUGCCAUGUCACGACAUACUACUACGUCGGCUUCUGCUACAUCAUGCUCAGGAGAUAUCCGGAUGCCAUCCGGGCAUUCGUCUCCAUCCUGAACUUCAUCCUCCGAAUGCGGCAAUACCACACAAGGAGUUAUCAGUACGACCAGAUCAACAAGACUGCUGACCGUAUGUAUGCGCUUUUUGCAAUCUGCAACGCGCUUUCGCCCACUCGUGUGGACGACAACAUUUCCAACAUCGUGAAGGAGCGGUAUGGCGAGCAAUUCACGAAGAUGUCCAGGGGUGAGGAGGGCAUCCCUGCGUUCGAGGAGCUCUUCCUGUACGCGUGCCCCAAGUUCAUUGCCGCAAACCCGCCGCCGUAUGAUGACGCGGAGGCGCUACGCGCAUUCUUCGAUGAACCCCCACAGGAGCCCGCGCAGCGGCACCUGGCGCUCUUCAUCGCAGAGGUCCGCGCGCAGGCACCCGUGCCGACUCUGCGUAGCUUCCUGAAGUUGUACACAAGUCUGGACGCGGCGAAGCUCGCGAACUUCCUUGACGCGGACGAGGAGGAGAUGGUGCAGCAGCUCAUGGUCAUGAAGCAGGCGAGCCGGAGCGUGAGUCGCGUCGAGAACGAGAAGGGCCUCCUCGAGGGCCAGAUGAUCUCCACGAGCGACCUCGACUUUGUCAUCAACGACAACAUGGUGCACAUCGCCGAGUCCACUGUCGGCAGGCGUUACGCGGGCUGGUUCAUCCGCAACACUGAGCACGCGCAGCGCGUCCUCGACACCCUGCGUAACGCGCCCCUCCCCAUCGCACCCAAGGUUGCCGCCGCGAGCCAGCCGACCGAUGCAGCUGCCAAGGGCGCGGAGGCAACGCCCGCCGCCCCGCCCACCCGGACAGGCGGAAAGAAGGUCGCCUGGGGGAGCGCGCAAGCCGCGUGAGGUGACAGAUGUUGUGUUGUGUUGCGCUGUGUUGCUGCUAGAGUAUUGUGUACGCCAUUGUGUAUCCUUACGGUGCAGUCGCUGUAUGAUGUUUUGCC